UGUUAAUUCAUCUAAUUGAUAUACAAAUUUCUUGAACCAUGUUUCUAUUGUUUAUUGACUAUGUGACAAUUAAUAGCCUAUUGUGCAUACAACCUAUCAUGAAUGGACAUAAGCACCAGCUAUCUUUAAUCCUAAUGACUAUAUAUUCUGCAUUUUCUAUUCCCUGAUUAUCUUCAACUUCUGUUACAUCGAACGGCAACCACACCAACCACACCAACCACUACCAGAUCAUCACUAUUAUGGCACCAGCCAAAGGUUCUCACGCCGGCGUGAAGAAGCGAAAGCCGAUCGUUUGUGCCUUUUGCAACGAGAGGGGCCACACCAUCCACCAAUGCUGGCUCCGUGAAGGGCUGCGGGGGAUGGGACGGUCGCGGGUGGCAAUCAAUAGCCACCGCCCCGGCCAAGGACCCCGCCGCCCCGCCCGGUUCGAAGCCCGCGCCGCCAAACGCCACGAUUGGGAGCAGCAGCAGCAGCAGCAGCAGCAGCAGCAGGUGGCGGAGGAGAAGAAGGCGGUGGAGGAGAAGAAGGUGGAGAAGGAAGAGAAGGUGGAUAACCUGCCCCUUCGGGGUAAGGAGGAGGCCGCCGAGAAAGCCAAACAGUAGGAAG